AAAUUGAUUAUCACAAACGCGUUAUGCCAAAUACGGACAAGGCGAGCUCUGAACUUGAUCUUGAGACGACCGACACAGCGACACAGCGACACAGCGACUCAGAGAGUGUGUUACCAGUUUUCCUAGCCGGCUUGCAUUGAGCUUUGACGGCGUUCACUUUUCAAUUAGCCAACUGCAUCCAGCGGUCAGCCAGUUUUCGUAAGCUCCUAUAAAAGCCACACUCGAUGUGGCAUUUGACAACAGUUGCAAAUCAUUUGCCCAGCCUAAACAAACAGUCAAGUCACAAAUCCGCCUAAAACCAAACUACCAAAAUGUUCAAAGUUCUGUUUGUGCUCGCUGCCUUUGCCGCUGCUCAGGCUUAUGCCUAUCCCGGCGUGGUGGCCGUUGCUCCGCUGGUGCACACACCCGUAGUGCAUGCACAUCCUGCCGUGGUGCACACACCAAUCAUCCAUCAUGGCGCCCACUCGGUGCACUCUCAUGUCGUUCAUCAUCCCGCUGCCGUUAAGGUGGUGCAUCCUGUCAUUGCCAAGCCUGUGGUGGUGCAUGCUGUGAAACCAAUAGUGCCAUUGGUGCCAGUGCAUCAUGCUGCUCCCGCCGUUGUCGUGCAUCAUUAGAAGCUGCCGCUGCUUCCUUAUCCCAAUCCCAAGUUAACCUGCUAAUCCUCACACUUAAUCCCAAAUCCCAAUCCCAAUCCCACACCCAAUCUCAAUCCAAUGCCACAAUAAAAGUUCAUAGCCACGUAAAA